ACCAGAUAGAUCAUAUUUGUAUCACUAAAAAAUCCAGAAGGUCAAUGGAAGACAUGAGAACCAAGAGAGGAGAGGACAUAGCUUUAGAUCACCACCUGGUUGUGGCCAAGGUGAAAUUGAAGCACUGGACAAUCGGAGAAACACCAUUAAAAAGGUUUAAUACGGCCUUCUUUUGAGAUAUUAACAGACAAAGAAUUCAAGAUAGCUCUCAACAACAUGUUACCAGCCUUACAUGAACUCAAAAAUGAAACUAUUAUGGCUAAAAAGUAUUCUUUUCGUAGACGUAAUGUCAGUUCGUGAAGAAAACACUAAACGUAGAUUUAUUCCCUUACUCCUAACUUUCACAUCUAUUCGUUUCGAACCCAACAACCGUUUGGCAUUCUACUUGUGGAAUCGUUCGAGGCCGUACAUAUGCUUUCGUCCCACCGUGUGCGUUAUGUUUCUGAUCUUGGUCUUGCUGUUUGAGACGUGGCCAUGCGCUCUGUGAUGUUGAAGCUCCAUUCUACCACUUACAAUGUCAUCGCUAGUUUAUUUUCCCUUUUGUGGUUCAGCUAUGAUUUCAUUUUGAGUCUCUCGUACUACUUUGUUCUUAUGGUAUUUUAAACUUUUUGUUCUACUGGGUUAUCGAUUUGAUUGUUAUCAUAGUUUAGUUUUGCUAAACUUAACGUCUCUAUUAUCGUCGCAGACUUGACAGAAAAGAGAUAACGCUCUUCAUUCACAAAAGUUGUUUGUCUUAUUCCAUAUGGUAACUUGUUUCGAAUGCAAUGUAAAAUCAUUGUUAAAUAAAGUAACAUUUAGUACACUUUUAAUACUGUUCCCUCAAUGUGUUGUAAGCAGCGCAAAUUUAGGUCUGUGCGCACUUGUUACGCAUGCUUAGCCAUUACAUACCUCAGUGUACUGGCAACACCGAAUUAUAUUAGAAGACUGUUAUAGAUGGCCAAACCGAAGUGUCACUAGUCUGUCGUAUCAUUGACUAUUUUUUGAGCUAUGUGAUAAGGUGCAUAUAUAUAUAUAUAUAUUUAUCAUGUACUCUAGUAUUAUAUUUCUCUUUAUAUUAGUCUUUUCGAUUCCUUACUCUUCUAAUUUGGUUUGACUACUCGAACCUAGUCACACUUUUUGAAUGACUGCUCAAGUACUCGAUUGAUAGAGAAACUUGUAUAAUAUAUUUUUCUUUUGAGAUCACACGUUAAACUUCUUAUUACAGGUCUAAGUAAAAAUAAAUAUUUUUUCACUCCGUUCACUACAGUAACAAAUCAAUUAGCGUAUGAUGCUACUUCCAAAUGUAUCGCGAGAUUUGCAGAUAGCAAUUUUCAAAGCUUGUAAGUUGCUUAUUUUCAUUUCCUUCUACUAAAGAUCCUAAAAAUAUAAAAUCUCGUAAUGAUUGGUUUAGUUUUCUCAAUCAUAUGGAAAGGAAAGUUAGAUCAUUGGAUCGAGAGUCAACAGCGACUAACAUACUUUUAAAUUUAUAUAAAAGUGCUAUAGAUUCAUUAGAGGUGGAUUGGUCAGAUGAAAUUUAUCUUACAAUUUUUAUCAGAACAGCAGUUUUAGCAUCAUAUGAGAAUUCGGACUGCGGUCCUGCAUUUCUGAGCUUAUGUUCUAUAAAUGGACGUCGAAAUCCACAGUUGAUUGCGGCUGUAGCUUAUUAUUAUUCUAAACAAGGAGAUAAAAGUAGAGCUAAAAGUCUUUUAAACUCGACAAAAAAGUGUGUAGACAUAUGUGGGGUGGAAUUGUUGUGUAGAGCCGAAAGUAUGCUAGAUACAGACGAUGAUUUCAAAUCGUUAUUAGGACCAUUUUAUUACAAACCAGACUUUUAUUUCCAAGAUAUAAAUUGUUCUCAGGCAAGUUCAAGUGAAAUUUCUUCAGUUCUGGAUUCUACUUGUGCAAAUGAUCACGCAGAAGAACGUUCUCAGUCUGUGAUAGACAUCAAUUUUGAACCGAAUGGAAAUUCACCAAACUAUCCUAGUAAUUGUAAUGCAGUUGAAUCAAUACAAAUAAUUGGUCCAUCCAGGGAUUCAUAUAAUUUUUCCCGGUCCCUCAAAUUACCAGGGCUUCCAGAAGAUAUGUCAGUUACUUCAGUCACAAGUAAUCCACAUAUGGAAUCAUUACAACAGCCUGAACUAUCCACCAUCGUUGGUUCGAUCAAACUGAAUGGAAGUUGCGAAAAGGUAUCUCCGUUUAAUUCGGAUAAGAAAUUGAUUUCUGUCGGUGUGCAAACUAAGCUGGUCAAUGAAAGUGAACAAUUUAUUAUUGUUAAUGGUAAAAAGUAUCAAGUAAUUAAUGAAUUGGGACGGGGAGGUUCAUCAGUGGUGUAUUGGGCUAUGGACUCCGAUUUAAAUCCAUGGGCGGUGAAAAAAGUUGAUUUGAAAAAUCUUACACAAGAAACAGUUACGUCGUAUAUAAAUGAGAUUGAGAUGCUUAAAAGUUUGAUAAAUUCCGACAGAAUUAUCCGACUAUAUGAUUAUCACUGUACAUCAGAAAAUCUCAUACUUGUUAUGGAGAAAGGAGAUUGCGAUUUGAAAAGUGUAAUUCUUAGCUUUUGGUCUGAUGGUGCAAAAAAAUCGCCUCGUUCACCAUCAGGUAUGCUUUCAUCUGGGAUUGUAUUCUACUGGGAUCAAAUGUUGCGGUGUGUGAAAGCACUUCAUGAUCGUCGUAUUGUUCACUUAGAUUUAAAACCACAAAAUUUUGUUCUAGUCUAUGGACAGUUGAAGCUUAUUGAUCUAGGGAUUAGUCGUCUGUUACCAGAUGAUUCAACAACUGUAAACCAUUGGCUAAAGUUGGGAACAUUGUCUUUCAUGAGUCCAGAACAGUUGGAAGAAGCUGCUGCUAUUCCUUCAUCCUCAUCUAGCCUGAAUCAGUCGUUUUUCUUGGGUCCUGAAGUUGACCAAGAAAAUCGUUUUAAGGUUGGUCGUAAAUCGGAUAUUUGGUCAUUAGGUGUAAUCCUUUAUAUGAUGGUCUACGGUCAGUUACCUUUUAAUCAAGAUAAACUUCACUCUCGUCUAUCAGCCAUUAUAAGUCCCAGUGUAAAAAUAUCUUUGCCAGCUAUCAAGAAUAAAUCUAUUUAUAAGGCAUUAGAACGGAGUUUAGUUCGAAAUCAUUUAGAAAGAGCAUCUGUUGAUGAAUUACUGAGUUAUGAAUAUGUGUCUAGUACGUCAGCUGCUGACUUAUGAUGUCUAAAAAAACAGUCCGUUAUUCUUCAAUACCGGGACAUAUUUUUUUGUAUAUAAAUGUACAUAUUUCUUACUUGUAUUAUUUUUUUACAUUUAUAGUUUUGCAACCUAUUUAUAUCAUUUAGUAAUUUAUUUUCCCUUCCUUUGUUUAUUCUUUUUGUUUGUCACAAUUACUUCCCUGUGUUUACAUUGUCGUUUAUUUUCUCCAUCCAGUUAUGUAUUUCAGAGAAUCUGAAGACUCAAUCACAAUCAAUAUAUUGUAGUGUAUAAGUUUAUAGUAAUACUUAUCAUCAUACGAUUGAUUGAAUAUUUAUAUCGUGAA